AAUUUCUCUGUAGACGAAAUUUUUUUUUAAUAAUAUUAAAACAUCAUGAAAGAAUCAAUUUUGAUAAAUAACAAGAAAGGAUGUAAACAGAAGCGACAUCUUUCUCUAUGAUGACUUACUUGUUACCAAAAAAAUUUUUCAAUCAAAACUAUUUUACAAAUUUGUCCAACAAAUUUGUGCAACAUAUUCAAAGUCAUGGAUAUGUUCAUGAUGUUGGUUUAAUCGAAAAAGGCCCAGUUGCUAUGUUAAAAAAUAAAAUUGCCAAAGGAGAGUUAAUGGAAGAUGAACAUCAAAUAAAUGUUGCUAAAACAUUACAAAGUAUUUAUGAAGAAAUAAAUGGAUAUAAACCUGAAGAAUUCAACUUAUUGGACAAAUGGCUAGGUAGAAAAAGGAAACAACCACCAAAAGGGCUAUAUAUUUAUGGAGCAGUUGGUGGAGGUAAAACAAUGUUAAUGGAUCUUUUCUAUGAAUGUUGCCAGAUAGAAAAUAAGAAAAGAGUCCAUUUUCACUCUUUUAUGGUGGAUGUACAUAAUAAAGUUCAUGAAGUAAAGAAAAAUAUUGUACGAGAUGUUAGUAGUACUAAACUUCAACCAUUUGAUCCAAUACCACCAGUUGCCAAAAGUAUUACUGAAGAAGCAUGGUUACUUUGUUUUGAUGAAUUUCAGGUAACUGAUAUUGCAGAUGCUAUGAUACUGAAACGAUUAUUUACUGAACUCUUUAAUAAUGGUGUAAUAGUUAUUGCAACUAGUAAUAGAGCACCUGAUGAUUUAUAUAAAAAUGGAUUACAAAGAGGAAAUUUUAUUCCAUUUAUACAGGUUUUAAAAAAUUAUUGUAUUAUAAAUUCUCUAGAUUCUGGUAUAGAUUAUAGACUAAAAACAGGACUUACAGAUGAAAAGAUUUAUUUCAUAAAAGGAAAAGAUGCAACAAGUGAUGUGGACAAAGUGUUUAAAUAUUUAUGCUCACAGGAAAAUGAUGUUGUGAGGUCUCGGACUAUUUCUAUAAGAGGUCGUAAUGUUACGUUUGAAAGAACCUGUGGUCAAGUAUUGGAUUCAACCUUUGCAGAAUUAUGUGAUAGACCACUUGGUGCUAGUGAUUAUUUAGAACUAAGUCAAGCAUUUCAUACAGUCAUUAUAAGAGACGUACCACAAUUAGAUUUUCGUCUUAAAUCACAAACUAGAAGAUUUAUUACAUUAAUUGAUACACUAUAUGAUAAUAAGGUACGAGUUGUAAUAUCUGCAGCUGUUCCACAUACAAAACUUUUCGUGCCAGAAGGAGAUAAUGAAUAUACAGAUGAAAAACGAAUGCUAAUGGAUGAUUUAAAAAUAUCGCAUGGUUCAGAUGAUCAUAAAUCUAAUCUUUUUACUGGAGAAGAAGAACUUUUUGCUUUCGAUCGCACUGUAUCACGACUUUCUGAGAUGCAAACAGCGCGAUAUUGGGAACAAUGGCAACAUUAUAGAUAAUAAUAAUUUAAAUUAAUAAAAAUUUCAAUAGUUUUGUUUAGGAAUUUUUUCAUUUAGGUGAUCAAAUCGCGAACUAUUGGUAGUUAACUUGUUGGUAAUCAAUUUUCAAAAAAGGUACAGUAUUAAUUUGAAAAGAAUAAUAAAUACUUUCAAGUACGCUAUAUUAGAGAUAUAUUAAAUUUGCAUAAAAUAUAUCACAAUGUAUUU